AUGUUUUCGAAUCCUUUUUUCAAAAACAGUGGGGCUUCGAGUCCAAAGAAUAAUAUGUAAUCAACACAAUAAAGACCAUCGGUGUAGGACAUCAUGAAUAAAUACAAAUAUAAUCCGUCAGAAAGAGUAUCUCAUGUUGAUGAAUAAAUAUUAGGGAGUCUUAACGAAUCCUCAAAUGUAGUGAAUUAAUAACAAAUUAUAGUUUUUAAAUGAACAAUCAAGACAUGACAAGAUGUUUCUAAAUCCAAUCUAACCAUAGUUUGAUUUAGAUCCACCACCAAAAAAGGAUGCAAUUGCUCGACUCACCUUUGGAGAGGAGAACAAGAAAUUUGAAUCUCAGAAAUUACAAAAUUAGCGAUUGCUGAAUGAGAAUGAUCUCUUUGAUGACAUGUCUCACUUGAAAGAUAAAGUAUUAAGUAUCCAAUCAUCAUUAUAUCAAAGACAUGUUGGAGAGGUAUUCUGUGGCUCUGAAAGCUCCAGAACAAUAGAAUAAGAAGAACACUAUCAAACAUCAAUUAGAAUUGGAUGCCAAUCAAGUAGCCUAGGAAUAUUCUUAAAUUGUAGACAAAUUUAACAACCCAGAUUUGUCAGCCAUUUCAAUUGCAGACAGUACAAUACCAGCAUACAAAGUAUCAGAUUGAAUAUCAUUCCAUUAGGAACAACAAUUGACUCAGAUGUUCAAUCUAGUGGAAGAAUUCCUUACUAAAUUCAAGAAUAUAUCCUAAGUGUAAUAAGAGAAGUCUUAGUUGUUACGAUCACGUAUCAAUGCAGGGGAAUCUCAACUCCAACCUUAAUCGAAUAAGGCAGCAGAAUCAGAUAAACAGUUUACAUUUUAAUCUAAUCAAUCUAGUAAGCAUUCAAGUCAAGCUGUUAAAAACAAGGCUCAGGCACAAUUUGCUCAAUCAAUAACAGUUGGUCAAUCCAAUCUCACUUCCAACAAUUAUGAGUAGAAUUUCAGUAAAACCAAUGGAAGUCAAUAACAAAGUCCAACCAAAACUCCUACGUAUCCACCUGUCCCCACUACAAUCCCCUCUUAUGAACAGAAGUCAAUUCCCGCUUAGCAACCCAUAACUCAAUUAGACAUGACAGUUUAUACAUAGUUCCCAAAAAUGGAAGAUUCCUUCUAUGAUCAGAAAUAGGUGUCAAUGCAAAGAAUUAAUUCGAAAUUAGCAGCAUUGAAGUAGAAAUUGCAAUAGGAACUCUAAAAGGAGAAUAUGCCUUACACAUAAAAGAUCUUAGGCGAAAUGAUCUCUAGUUUAUAAGAAAUAAUAAAUACUCAAGAUUAUUAAUUGGUCAAAACCAUCAUUUUCAGAAUCGAACAAGGCAUUCAAUAGUUAUCAAACAAUAAGGAAGGAUCCAUCAAUCUCUAUAAGUACAUCAAUAAAGCUUUGCUUAAUUCGAAAAUGAAGACAGAUUUGUUCACACAAAGAGCCUCCAUGCCUGUACAUGCUCUGCCAGAACAACGAAACAGUUCUACUACCACUAAGUCUUCUCUUAAUAACUAUUAAACUCCUUCCAAAGUAGAAAGUAGCAACACUAUGAUCACUCAAUAAAUUGAUGUCGAUCGCAAUUUCGAUAAAAAAGCAAGAGAUUAACGUCACCUAGAGGAAAACAACUUAUAUUUUGAUUAAAGAUUAAGCAAUAUCAAUAAACCAGACAUUCCAAAACCUAAAUAACAAUCAUUUGUAAAUUAAGUCAACUAUGAAUCUAGAGGAUCAGUUAAUUAUGAAAGGAAGUCAGAAGAUCAUAAACCAUACUCUCAGGAUGCUCGUUUGAGUUAUUAAUUGCAAUUCGAAUCGAGACCUAGCAUCAACAUAGAGUAGAGAUACUCAAGUAAUGAGCCCAAAAACAUUUAUUAUGCAACUGAAUAUUAAAGGAGAUCUGAACAAAAUUCCUUUUAGGAAUCCUAAUAAAAGUUUAUUCAGGAAAGGAUAUCUGAAGUGCAGAGACAAUCUGAUAUGCAAAGACCCUCUGAAUAGACUAUGAAGAGGUUGUUUUUUGAUGCUGCUCUGACUCAAAAGAACAAAUUGCCUUCCAACCAUCCAGGUAGGAAUAUAAUGGUUUCAGAUCUUUAUGAGGAUUAUGUCAAGAUGGGAGGAGACAUGCAAAAGUUUAUAUAAUAAUAAUUUGAUCGUUGUUGA